AGGAAGAGUAACACUGAUACACUGUACGAGGUGGUGAGUUUGGAGAACGAGACCGAGAGAGAGAAGAAGAAAACGACGGCAAGUCCCGGGAUCCUGCCUUCCGCUUCACACGGCUCCAUGGCACCCUCGCCUCCUGAGGAUGACGAGGAGGAAGGUGAACAACAAGAUCAUUUUGUCUAGCAAAGAUAACGACGAGCCGCUGCUGAGCGGUUCUGGAGACGUAUCUAAAGAGUGUGCUGAGAAGAUUUUGGAGACGUGGGGAGACCUGCUGUCCAAAUGGCACAUGAACCUGGCAGUACGACCUAAACCGCUCCCGGCGCUCGUCCGCAGCGGUAUCCCCGAAGCCCUCAGGGGAGAGGUGUGGCAACUCCUGGCUGGUUGCCAUAACAACGACCAUCAGGUGGAGGAGUACCGCACGCUCAUUACGAAGGAAUCACCUCAGGACAGUGCCAUCACUCGAGAUAUUAAUCGCACGUUUCCAGCACACGACUACUUUAAAGACACAGGAGGUGACGGCCAGGAUUCACUGUACAAGAUAUGUAAGGCCUACUCUGUGUACGACGAAGAGAUCGGCUACUGUCAGGGCCAGUCUUUCCUGGCUGCUGUGCUGCUGCUACAUAUGCCAGAAGAACAGGCAUUUAGCGUUCUGGUGAAGAUAAUGUUUGACUACGGUCUCAGGGAACUCUUCAAACAGAACUUUGAAGACCUACACUGCAAGUUCUUUCAGCUGGAGAGACUCAUGCAGGAAUACAUUCCAGAUUUGUACUCACACUUCUUAACUAUAGGUUUAGAAGCACACAUGUACGCCUCCCAGUGGUUUCUAACCCUCUUUACAGCCAAGUUUCCUCUCUACAUGGUGUUCCACAUCAUCGACCUGCUGCUGUGUGAGGGAAUCAGUGUCAUAUUUAAUGUAGCGCUGGCAUUACUGAAGACUUCGAAGGAUGACCUUCUGCAGUCCGACUUCGAAGGAGCGUUGAAGUUUUUCCGUGUGCCCGUGCCCAAACGGUACCGCUCCGAAGAGAACGCCAAGAAGCUCAUGGAGCUCGCAUGUAGUAUGAAGAUCAGUCAAAAGAAGCUGAAGAAGUAUGAGAAAGAAUAUCACACAAUGCGAGAGCAACAAGAACAGCAAGAGGCCCCCAUCGAGAGAUAUGAGAGGGAGAACCGGCGUCUACAGGAAGCCAACAUGCGUCUGGAGCAGGAGAACGACGAUCUCGCUCAUGAGCUGGUCAGCAGUAAGAUCUCACUGAGGAAGGACCUGGACAAUGCGGAGGAGAAGGCCGACGCCCUAAACAAAGAACUCCUCAUCACGAAACAGAAACUGAUCGACUCUGAGGAUGAGAAGAGACGGCUGGAGGAUGAAGCAGCGCAGCUUAAGGAGAUGUGUCGAAGAGAGCUGGACAAAUCAGAGUCGGAGAUCAAAAAGAACGGCUCCAUCAUUGGAGAAUACAAACAGAUCUGCUCCCAGCUGAGUGAACGGCUUGAGAAACAGCAGACGGCUAACAAACGAGAGCUGGAGAAGAUCCGGAUGAAGGUGGAGGGCUGUGAGAAGUGCAGCGUGCUCUUCGGUAAAGAGGGCCGGCUGAAGGCUCUGAGCGCUCCUAAAGAGCUGAGCGAAGACGAGACUGACGAGGAGAAAGAAGCUCUGCAGGUGCAGCUCAGAGAGAUGGAGCUGGAACUCGCUCAGACCAAACUGCAGCUGGUGGAGGCUGAGUGCAAGAUCCAGGAUUUGGACCAUCAUUUGGCUCUGACACUCAACGAAGUGCAGGCGGCUAAAAAGACCUGGUUCAACAGAACUUUAAGCUCCAUUAAGACAGUGACAGGAGCUCAGGGCAAAGAGACCACCUAAACACCCCUCCCUUCUUUCUCUUUCUAUCUCUCUCUAUCUCUCUAUCUCUCUCUCUCUCUUUGCGUGUGUGAACCGAACAAACCUUUUUUUUUUGUAAAAAAAAAAAAGUUCCAGAUCUUCGCAUAGAGUGAAAACAAAACAAACUGAAUAUACUAAAGCAGAGGAGGUUUUAGCGCUAGGCUUUAUACUACUGACACACACACACACACACACACACACACACACACUCUAACACCACACUCCAGCUACUGUUCUACUCCAGACUACUUGCACAAAACAAAACCACAAACUAACAGCCUUCAUUUGGGAAGAUGAGCUUUUAUAAUUUCUGUUUGAUGAUGAAUUUAUGUAAGCUUAUAAGUUUAAUGUGUGUGUGUGCAUGUGCGUGUGUGUGUGCGUGCGUGCGUGCGUGCGUGUGUGUGUGUGUACUAAAAGACUCUUGUGCCAUUGACUGAGUGACCGAACACACCAGGGAUUUUCAUCUAAAAAAAGGUAAAGAAGCACAUUUAUAUGAGAUAAAGUAAUGGCACCCCUCUUUACUAGUGCACAGCUUCUGUAAUUAGUGAUGUACACUACAGAGAGGAGCGUGAGUGUGAGACUUUGGGCCUCAAACUGUAAAUAAAGAAGAGAGAGAAAAAACAGAGCAAAGUUUUAUUUAAUAAAUAUAAGCCACUAACAUCCAACCAAUCAGAAAAAGGAGGCGUGUGUAGUUAAGGAAAAGCUCCGCCUCUACGGUGUGGUUGUGUGAUCGCUAAUUAAACAAUCACGUUAGUGAGUGAGAGCUAGCGCUAGUCUGAUGCUAGCUGUAGCCAUUUUUAUUAGCAUUAAAGUUAACGUUAUCAUCAGUGGAUUGGGGCUCAUCAGAGAGCUGCGUCCUGAAGCACUUAUUUAGUGUGUGUGUGUGUGUGUGUGUGUGUGUGUGUGUGUGUGUGUGUGUGUGAGAGAGAUAAACACUCUGUGGGUUUUUAGGCUUUUGCACCUUACAGACAUAUUUAUAACAGAAUCUGACGCUUGUGUGGUCGAUGUCACAGGAAGCCCCUUUUUUUCUCUCAUUAGAAAUAAAUAAAUAAAUCAGGGGUCGUUCCAUGAGGCACUGGAGGCUUGUACAUAAAAAGCAUUAAAGGGUUUUUUGUUUGUUUUGUCAGGUUCCUUUUGUAUUUCUACUUCAUGGUAACGUUACUAAUGUUGCCUCGUCGUAUACGUUGCUUUAAGGUUUCGUCUCUAACGUUGAUCUGCUGUGUGUCAUCUAUUACACGCCAAAAUGUAUCCUGUCCAACAUCACGUCUGUAUGAACCUUGUAAUAGUGUAGCUGCACUGUGUAAACUUCAUCACUUCAAUAUAAAGAUACAAAAACAAA